GGAGGAGAAGAAGGACCUAAACGCGGACUGGGCUUCCACCGACGACCAUUUCCACCACAACGACUUCAACGCCGCCGUGACCUUCCACGACUACACCAUCGUGAACUUCUUCGCGGAGUGGUGCGUGCACUGCCGAAAAUUCUCGCCCACUUGGAUGGAGGCGGCCAGCUUGAUGAGCGAGAAGGCCGAGUUCCGCGACGCCGACGGGCGCAUGACGACCGUCAAGUUCCUGAAGAUGAACUGCGUCGCGUUCGGGGAUCACUGCAAGCAGGCAGAGAUAGCGGUGUUCCCCACGAUCCGCCUCUACAAGAGGGACGGCACGUUCGAGUCGUUCAAAGAGAAGAGGACGAUCGACAACAUCAAGCAGUUCUUGUUCAACAAGAUUGCAAACAGUCACUUGAUUAUCGCGUCGCACCACUCCAUGUUUAGCGAGGGCUGCCAGGUCGAGGGGGUCAUCAGGGUCCCUCGUGUGCCCGGCCACUUCCACCUGAUGGCGGAGCCCUACGGCGACGUGAACCUGAACCCCGCCCUGACGAACGUCUCCCACCAGGUCAGACACCUGUCGUUCGGGGACCGGGGCGCCACGGAGCAGGCGGAGAGGGACAGCAUCCCGCGCCACAUGGUGGCCCACCUGAAGCCGCUCGACGGGAAGACCUUCAUAGUGGAGCGCUUCCACGAGGCGCCCCAGCAUUACCUGAAGG